GAGAAUAAUGAGAGCGGUGUUGAAGGCUACUGGGAGGAUUUCAGGGGCAACACUCUACAAAUCUUAAUUCUUGUCAGGCAUGCACUCGCACUUUUACGUAGCAAUUGCCGAUUCAGAGUCGUUUUCUGAGUUUCUGAGAGGCGAAGGGAAUGUUUUCGAUCACUGCGUCACAUCACACACAGCGAAUGGGCACGAGACGAUUAAUGAAAGCACUGGGGCAGCGCUCAGCGCUUCGGUGAGCUUCUCCGCUUCUCCUGGUCUCGAGAGAGAGAGGACUAUUGAGUUUAACGUACUGGACUGAUGAGCGGGAUGCGCGUGCGUCAGAGUAUGACAUUCCCGUCAUUCCAGCGAGCCGCUCUUAGGGCUCUCGCGGCCUUGACGAUGAUUCUCGCGACCUCCGUUCGGAGCAACUACGUUUUUGAUGAAGACCCCUUCCAGCCAGUGACCCAAGAUGAGACGGUGGCAGUGGGCGGGGUGGUGACCCUGACAUGCAGUGUGAAGGAAAACGAUAACUCCUCCCUCCAGUGGUCUAACACGGCCCAGCAGACCUUGUACUUUGGAGAGAAGAGAGCACUGAGAGAUAACCGUAUCCAGUUGGUAAAGUCCACGGCUACAGAGCUGAUAAUCACCAUCGCAGAAGUUCAGCUGUCAGAUGAUGGAGAGUACACCUGUUCCAUUUUCACCAUGCCUGUACGGACAGCACGAGCCACAGUUACUGUACUUGGUGUUCCAGGCAAGCCGGUGAUAACAGGUUUUGAAGAUGCUGUUCAGGAGGGCAGCACGGUUACUCUUACCUGCACGAGUUCAGGCAGCAAACCUCCUGCUAAACUACGCUGGUACCUUAAUCAAGAGGAGAAACCGGGGCGUCCUGAUGUUGUGGAGUCCAACCCCGAAGAACCAACCUACACAGUAACCAGCGAGCUCAUCUUCACUGUCACAAGGAAUGAUAACAACGCUCUGGUCGCCUGUGAGGUGGAUCACGCAUCCAUUGCCAAUGGAGACAAGAAGACAGAACAGCCCCUCAGCGUCUUGUUUUCUCCCAGCGUGUCAAUUCAGCCUGAGAGUGACCUGCCCAGAGAAGGAGAGAAGUUUUACCUGCAGUGCGUGGCGAACGGAAAUCCAGAGACCCUGUUCUCUCCUCUCUUUGCUUCUAUCCAUCACAAGACUCUCCGAGGCUCCUGGCGUCUGUCGGCCUGCCGUCCUCUCUGCUCUCUCUUGUCUAUGUGA